AUGGCUCAAGUGUGCACCAACUGCGGCGCCUCGCGCACCACGAACCGCAGCAAAUUCUGCUCCGAGUGCGGCCAGCGCUUCCUGACCGACAGCCACAGCUCUUCGCUCGCCACGCCGCCAGGAGACGGCAGUGUGCCCCUUGUCGCCUCGGCAUUCCGCGCGUCCACGUCGGCAUUUGGCGGUCAGACGUACCGCCACGCGCCCAAUGGGUCCACAAACGACAACAACAACAACAACAACGCCAACAACUACAACAGCGGCAAUAGCACGACAGCAAUGAUGCCGCCGUUCUCGUCGCCUGUCGUCGAGGCCCAUCCAGUACCGCCGCUUGGCGGCAAGUCGGCGGCCCCGCCCAGCGCCUUCCGCACCCGCAGCCACACGACAGCCACUGCACAGGCACCGAACACGGUCCGGUUCGCCCUUUCGAGCGACCGCUCGAGCAGUCCGUCGCUGCGUCCCAUGACCGUCGAGAUGCUCACUGAUACGACAGACGACGUGCCGCCGGCCGCGACGGGCGCCGACGCGCUGCAGCUCUACGAGCAGUGCGUGCAGACGAUGCGGGCGUCGAAGGGCGGCCAGAACGACCACGCGGUCAAGACGUUCAAGCACAACUGCCGGCAGUUUGGUCUCCACGAGAUGACAGUCGAGCGGUUUUACGCGUCGCUUGUCGCUGAGCUCGGCGCGCGCGACACGGGCGCGUUCGUGCCGACGUUGGCGCGUCUCGUGCCGGACGACGACCGGCGGAAGGAGCUCGUGCAGUACAAUGCCGCGCAGCAGCGACUUGUGCCGGGCGCGUUCACGGGCACUAACACCAACAGCAGCAGCAAUGGCAAUGGCAAUGGCAGUAGCCACACGAGGAGCUUUAGCUUUCGCAAUACCAACAACAACAACAGCAGCAAUCACAACAACAACAACAGCAAUGGACAGCGACCGCCUGCGGCUAUUGUGAACCGGACGUCGAGCAUGACCGAGUCGGACGCUGGCGCGAUGACGAAGAAGGGGGUGCUGAACAACCGGUACGCUGAUCACCCAAACUGCGACGUGUGCCACGUGCGGUUCGACGUGACAAAGCGACGCCAUCAAUGCCGGUUGUGUGCACAGUAUAUCUGCAGCGCGUGCUCGCCCGUUCGUCUGCUCGUGCCUCCCAGUCGAGUGAUUGAAGGCGCCAAGAAGUACGACGCGUCGAUUCCUCAGCGCGUGUGCAUCCAGUGCGCCCCAGAGCUGCACCCGCUUCAAGACGAGUUGGUGGCAACGUAUGCGCAGUCCCAGACGGACAAUGUCCACGAAGCGCGAGGCCGUCUCCACAUUCCGUUUACCACGUCUUUGAACAAAGAGUGCUGCAACGCCGCUGACGUGAUUGGCAAUUUCUUUCGCAACGAUUGGGGAUCAUCAGCGGACCGCGCGAUCCCCGUGGCGUUCCUGCAGAAAGCUCAUGGCCUGGCGGUCCUCACGGUGAUCAAGGCUGGCUUCCUCGUCUCGGGCACCAUUGGCACGGGACUGGUCGUUGCCAAACUGCCGGACGGCUCGUGGUCGGCGCCGUCGGCCAUUGGCACGUUUGGCCUGAGCGGCGGCUUUGAGAUUGGCGGCGAACUGAUUGAGGUCAUGAUCAUUCUGGGAUCGGAAGGCGCUGUUAAGGUGUUCCACAAGCCACAAGUCAGUCUCGGCGCGGGUUUGGACCUCGCGGUUGGUCCGUUUGGUCGAUCGGCACAGGCAGCUGCAGCCGCGAGCACGAGCGGUCUGAAUGCCAACUAUAGUUAUUCACACAGCAAGGGACUGUACGCCGGCAUUUCGCUGCAGGGGGCGAUCGUUGCUGCACGGUCCGACAUGAACCGAAAGUUUUACGGUCGCGACUUGCAGCCGAGCGAGUUGCUGAGCGGGUACGUGGAACAACCAGCAGCUGCGCGGCCACUGUACGAGGCAAUUGACAAUGCCAUGCGCGGCAUUGCGAAUCACAAGGAGGAGCAACAGCGCCGGUCGUCCCUCAUGGGGCCGUGCCGACUGUGCAAUUGCCCCAUGUUUCAGGCCCAUUCGACGCAAGUAUGGAACAAGAAGUGUAAAUCGUGCAAACACGCGCAUUGA